AUGGUGGAGCUAACCGGGAUCCUUCUCCUGAAGCAGUCUCCCCGUGAAGCGAGGAGCAGCCUUCAGGCAAGAGAGGGCCAAAAAGAGAGGGCGCCUUGGGACGAGGCCGGGCCGGGCACGCCCAGCCCUGGCCGAGCCCAGCCCAGCGGGGACUACCAGCAUUUCCUAAAGCCCAGGUUCCCGGUUUCCAACGCCAGGAGCUCCGCGCUGGCUAAAUCAAGUCUAACCAGCAAAAUGGAUGCAGGGCUUUUUAAAGCCAGUCUGGCUGUGAACUGUAGAAAUCGACGUGAACCACUGGCUCUUAUCAACCUCAAAAAGAAAAACGAAGAAACUGGGGAAGAGGAACUUGCCUCACGCUUAGAUCACUGCAAAGCAAAAGCCACCAGGCACAUAUUCCUUAUCCGUCAUUCUCAGUAUAAUUUGGAUGGACGUGCUGAUAAAGACAGAACUCUGACCCCGCUUGGUCGAGAGCAGGCUGAAUUGACUGGACACAGGCUGGCGAGUUUUGGAUUAAAAUUUGAUCAGAUUAUCCACUCCUCCAUGACUAGAGCAACUGAAACAACUGAGAUUAUAAGCAAACAUCUCCCAGGAGUCAAAAAAAUUAGUACUGAUCUGCUGAGAGAGGGAGCACCUAUAGAACCAGACCCUCCAGUCUCUCAUUGGAAACCAGAAGCUGUGCAGUAUUACGAAGAUGGAGCUCGAAUUGAGGCUGCUUUUCGAAACUUCAUUCAUAGAGCUGAUGUAAAGCAGGAAGAAGACAGCUACGAGAUCUUUGUCUGCCAUGCCAACGUGAUCCGCUAUAUUGUGUGCAGAGCCUUGCAGUUCCCCCCAGAAGGCUGGCUGCGAAUGUCUCUUAACAACGGCAGUAUAACUCACUUGGUGAUACGUCCGAAUGGAAGAGUGGCACUUCGAACACUAGGUGACACGGGUUUCAUGCCUCCAGAUAAAAUCACACGCACCUGAUGAGCAAAACUGAUGGCUGGCCAGCAGCUGCCUCUAGUCUCUUUGCACUAGUACAUUCAGCUAUGGUACUGCUAGAUUUUUAUCUGUUAUAUUGGGAUGUGAUGCUGUCUUAAAAAUGUCCUACAGCCCCUUGCCUUCUUCAUACA